AGUUCCUGACAAGCAAACUUGUAUGAUGCUUUACGGAAGCUGAUCAAAAGCCACUUUUGCGCUAGGCCUGCCAUUAUUGGAUGCUGAUAUUGAAGCUACAUAUAAACGUUGUGGCUAUCGAAAGAAUGGUUACUUAAUUUUUAUUGGUGCAUUGUUAAUGAUGUAUUAACUUCCGACCUUAUAUAUACGGCACUUAACAUUCGAUGUCUGUUCGACCUUGCUCUUCGGAUCAUCGAUGGAAAACCACAACGUAAUUUUUAACACAAAACCACCUUAACAUGAUUUUCAUUAAACUAUGUGCAGUGCUUUUCGUACCUCAUAUGAUUAAGACCGUUUCCUCUACCUUGAAUAUUACAAUUGGGAUACUAGCACCACUCAAAGGCCCUAAAGUGUUUGGAGACGAAAUAUUCCAUGUAAUUGAGGAUACAUUUCUUCUGAUCCAAAGUGAUUCCAAAUUCCCUGAAAUUCAGAGACUUGGUGUGAAUUUUAUAUGGAAAUUCAAAGAUACCCACUGUGACAUUGGACAAGGUCUUUACGAAUUGGUGUCUAUCAUGGACUUCGAGUCGGGUGGUGGACGAGAUAUCGAUGCUUUUAUAGUGUUCCUGAUAUACGCUUACCCCCGCGACGUCAUGGGUAUCAUGUGUGCUGCAGCUGAAAUAGGUCUACUCAACGGAGAGUAUGCAUUUCUGACCAUCGACUUUGGUUUGGCCUUUGAUGAGUCUGAAUUCGAUGAGAAGAAAUGUCCCCAUAAUGUUACCGAUGGAAUCUUGGACUUUGCUUUUGAUAUAGAGUCGUUAGUGAACUACCUAGCACAUGCAGACCACGAGAACUCUUCUGAAUCGAACUCAACAGAUUUAGUACAUCCGAAAAAUGGAAUCGGACUACAUCUUCUAUCGGACGCUUUAUAUUUGUAUGCUAAGGCUUUGGACAAGGCUUUGGCAGAUGGAUAUUCUUCGAAAAACGUGUCGAUUAUAGUACAAAAUAUGCAAAACGUGACCUUAACAAAUCUUAUUGCCUCCGUAUCUGCCAUGGCUGCCCUGGUCGUGCUGCUCUUUGUAACAUUUGUUGUUAUAUUCUUCCAUAUGCGCAAAAAGAGAUUACUGAAAGAGGAAAUGGAAAACAUGCAAUGGAAGAUAUCAUUUUCUGAUUUAGACACAAGCUCUGGCAAAGUAUUCCAUAGUGUGUGUAGCAAGUCUUCUUUUCUGAACGAUACAAGAAGCAGAUCCCGAUCAAUAAGCGGCAAAACGGAAAUGUCUGCCACCCUCCAGAUAUUUACUAAAACCGCGAACUACCAAGGCUCCAUGGUAGCCAUUAAAUUCGUCAACAAAGCUUUUGUGGCCAUUACAACGUCUGUAAUCCAAGAAAUUAAUCAGAUCCGAGGGUUAAAACACAACAAUGUUUUUACUUUGAUUGGAGCUUGCGUGGAUCCUAUGAAUAUAUAUAUUGUUAGUACUUACUAUAACAAGGGAAGCUUACUAGAUGUUCUGUCUAAUACCAACAUAAAGCUGGAUUGGAUUUUUAAACUUUCCUUUGCUUCGGACAUUGCAAAGGGUAUGGCGUACAUUCAUGAUUCAGUACUGGAGUCCCAUGGUAAACUUCGGUCUAGUAAUGUCUAUGUUGACUCUCGAUGGAUGUGUAAAGUGGGAGAUUUACCGAUGCCAAAUUUCUGUGAUGGCGCGAAAACCUGUGAUAAUGCAAAAAAUUCAGAAAAUUUUAAAUUACUUUGGGUUGCCCCAGAGCUACUCCGUCAGGUGUCCAUACCACCUAAAGGAACGCAAAAAGGGGAUGUCUUUGCGUUUGCUAUUAUUCUACAAGAAAUUAUCUUGCGUUGCAUACCUUACGAAAACGAGACACUAGAGCCAUACGAGAUUGUACAGAGGGUGCGGAUGAUAGAAUCGCCCCCUUUUAGACCUAAAGUUCCAGUCAAUGCAGCUGAUCGUAAAAUCGUGGAAUUAAUGAGGAUGUGUUGGGAGGAAAUUCCAAUGUUUCGCCCAAAUUUUACAACAAUUUUAUCUGUCUUAAAACAGACAAACAACGGAAGAAAAACCAAUUUAGUAGACCAGAUGAUGCAUAUGAUGGAGAAGUAUGCCGAUCAUUUAGAAGAGUUGGUGGGAGAGCGCACGCGCCAGUUAGAGGAAGAACAAAAAAAGACAGAUGAACUCCUACAUCGCAUGCUUCCAUCAAGUAUAGCUCAAGAUUUAAAAUACGGAAAACCAAUCCAUCCAGAGAGUGUUGAGUGUGUCACCAUCUUCUUUAGUGAUAUAGUGCAGUUUACAAAACUGGCCUCAGAGAGCACUGCGAUAGAGAUUGUGAAUUUCUUAAACGACUUGUACACCUGUUUUGACACCAUUAUUGAAAAUUUUGAUGUAUACAAGGUAGAAACAAUUGGUGACGCGUACAUGGUGGUAAGCGGACUUCCUGUUAAGAACGGCUUACGUCAUGCCAGUGAGAUAGCCACUAUGGCCUUGGACCUUCUGAGUUGUGUGACGACGUUCGAGAUACGCCAUCGCCCAGGAAGACAGCUUCAACUUAGAAUAGGGAUACACAGUGGUCCGGUGUGUGCGGGAGUUGUGGGUCUUAAGAUGCCGAGAUAUUGUUUGUUUGGGGACACAGUCAACCACGCGGCCAGGAUGGAGUCCUCUGGAUUAGCUCUUCGCAUCCAUGUAAGUCAACCCUGUCGGGAUAUCUUGGAGAAACUUGGAGGAUUUCAUCUAGCUUAUCGUGGUGAAAUUACAAUGAAGGGCAUAGGAACAGUGCCAACUUAUUUCCUGACAGGAAAGGACGGUUUUACAAAGCAACUACCUUCUCUAGAUUUAGCGGCCUCCUUAGAAGACCAUGAAUUCAAAUAACCAAUAAAGUUAUGCCAAUUUUAAAAUGGAAUUGGGAGACAACGAAUAUGUCAAUGCCAAAAUUUAAU